AUGGAGUCGGACCCGUUGCUUGCGAGAACUCCUGGCACCCAGCCGCCGUCGUCGGCGCGUCCGGUGGAUAUCCGCCGCCCAUCCCACUCGUUUUUGGACCAGCCGAUGGGGUCUUUCAAAGGGCCGAAUACCCUAGGAAACUUCGCCCAGUCGUUCACCAGAGCUCAGCUGUUUGCAGCGCUGUUGGUCGACAACGAGAUCCACCGCCAACGGUCGUUUUUCGACCCGGAUAACUCGGUUUUCGAGGACGAGUUGGUCGACCCGGACUACUUGGUGCCGCUGGUUCGGGGCCAGCGGUUGCUGGUGGUGCUGCGCCAGCUGCUGAUGAUCCUGCUGCUUAAACACACCGUGGAUGGCGUGGUUUUAGUGCAAGGACAGAGCACGGCGCCGCAAACGGUGUUUAAUCUGAUUAACGUUCUCAUUGGUGUUGGGCUUCUAGCGCUUCCUGUGGGCUUAUUGAAAGCAGGCUGGGUGUGGGGAGUGCCUAUCCUCUUGAUGUGUGGGCUAGCGACGUGGUCUAGCGCUAAACUCUUGUCUAAAGCCAUGGACACCGACCCCACGAUUAUGACCUAUGCCGACUUGGGCUACGCCAGUUACGGUGCGGCAAUCAAACUUUUAAUCUCGUUGAUCUUUUCAGUCGAUUUACUUGGCGCCGGAGUGGCUCUCAUCAUCCUUUUCAGCGACUCGCUCGCGGCGUUGUUUGUUGACUACGGCAUUUCCCAUACCAAAUUCAAGCUCUUGGCGUUUGUUGUUCUCACUCCGUUCACGUUUAUGCCCCUCCGCGUACUCCUGUUCUUCUCAUUGUUGGGGAUAUUGUCUACCAUCACCAUCACCGUGCUUGUCGGUGUAUGUGGCUUAGUCAAAUCGACGCUGCCUGGUUCGCUUCUUGAAGCUAUGCCUACUAACUUGUGGCCAGAACUGACUAAAGAUCUAUUAUUAGCAUUGGGGAUCCUCAUGGCUCCGUUUGGUGGCCACGCCAUUUUCCCCAACCUUAAAAGUGAUAUGCGCCACCCGUACAAGUUUGAGCUGACAUUGAACUAUACCUACUUGGUGACGAUGCUUGCCGACUGCUCGAUGGCGGUGGUGGGGUUUAUCAUGUUUGGCCCAUUGUGCAAUAACGAGAUCACCAAUAAUAUUUUGUUGACGGAGGGGUACCCGAAAUGGAUGUACCCGUUGAUCACGGGCCUCUUGUGUAUUGUCCCGUUAGCCAAGACGCCACUUAAUGCCAAACCCAUCAUUCUGACACUCGAACUGGUCUUACUCCCCCAAACCACCACCACCAAUACCACUAAUUUCAUUACCAAUGUGGGUUCGGCCGCUAUUAAAAUCGGCGUCAACGCUGCGUUUGUCGCCUUGGCGUGCUUAUUCCCAGAAUUCGAUAAGAUCAUCGGCAUGUUGGGGGCGCUGAUCUGCUUCCUUGUCUGUAUUGUGUUGCCUGGUCUCUUCUACUUGAAGUUGUGCACUCCUACACGAUUUGAAGCGGUGAUGGUUAAGGCAGCGGUGGCAUUGGCGUUGGUUUUGGGGACCGUGGCCACUUUGGCAGUACUCACCCUGUAA